CUAGCUUUGAGGCGCUCUCCGUUGAUCCAGCCAGGUUCCGGGUCAGACAGCUCAACGACCCUGACAUUCUCAAGGUCUCCCCUUCCAAUCCCGCCCCAAUGGGCCGUGCCAUCAUAUCGACCAUACCUUACCUUAGUACCUUGGCCCGUCGUCACUCGUCUCUCUCUUUUUCGUAAAUUGUGUUUUGUUUACUUCAUCUCUCCUGCAUUUCCAUGUCUCUGAUCAGUUCUCUGCAUCGCAUCUCUUCAACUGGCCCGUCCUGCACGCCGUCUGCAUUCUUGUCGUCAGCGCGCCUCCUCUUCCAUCAUUCCUCCACGUUGAUGAACGAAUCCCCACGCUACAAGGUCUGAUGGCGUCGGCCUAGCCUCCUCCACCUGGUUUUCCCUCCGACUACAUACCUCACUUACCUUUUCCCCCCCUGUGCCUUGACGUACCCCCUUCUUUAAAGCUACCUCACCACUCAAUCAUUUUCCUGCACCUCAGCCAUUGCCCCUCACCAGGCACAGCCAAAAAGCCAAUGCGCCCUACCUGGACCGUCCAAUCCAGAUAAAAUAGCUUCUCCUCAGUUCUGAAAGGAGCUCAGAUCGAUUCGCGGGCGCCGUCCGUUUUCCCCUUGGAAACGCCGGCUACAAAGUCAAUCCGUACUCUUCAUCUUGCCUGACCCGGCCGCGCGCGGUGUCUUGCAUUAGAGAUCUAUACUAACGAGUCCGAUACCUAUCUUAUCGCGCUUGCCACCACUUCGCUCCCUGCAUUGCAUGUACAUAGCUCUUCCUUGACAGCCCACCUACACGUCUCCUCACUUUUAUACUUUCACCCAUCUUUUCCCCUCGUCAUCCACUACGGCCGCUUUCCCUUUCUCCUCCUCCUCCUCCUCCUCCUCUCUCUUACAUUCUUAUUGAGGUCCCAAUAGCUCCAAGGACGUCCUGCCCGUCAUGAACACGGCCACGGUGACGAACCUUGAGAGCUCAAGCACCACCACUACCUCCUCCUCCCUGCGUAACAAGCACAAUGGCACCUCCAAUGGCAACUCCAACCCCAAGGCCGCCGUCAAGCCGACUACACCCGACACCAACCGUACGACCGACGAGCUGAGAAGGGCUAUUCAAAAGAAAUACAGACACGUCGCUGCCGUCCACUCCAAAUCGCGCCCAUCAACCCUGAGCCAUGACUCUAACACGGCCCCGAGCUUCAUUGGCUUCAGGAACUUGAUGAUUAUUGUCCUAAUUGUCGGUAAUCUUCGUCUGAUGAUGGAGAACAUUCAAAAAUACGGAGUCUUGAUUUGUAUUGGCUGCCACGAUUUCCGCCAGCAAGAUCUCGCUCUCGGCUUGGGCUUAUAUCUUCUGAUCCCUUGUCAUCUCAUCGCCGCGUACCUAAUCGAACUAGCUGCCGCCCAGCAAGCAAGGGGCUUGCGGGCGAAAUCGAAAGACGGAGCCGCCAGCCCAACAGAGGACCAGCGCGCGAGGUUCAACUCGACCUGGAAGGUUAUCGCUUGGAUCCACGCCGUUAACAUCACCCUCGCGCUGACCGUUACAUCCUACGUCGUGUACUUCCACAUCCACCACCCGUUGAUCGGCACUCUGACUGAGCUCCACGCCAUCAUCGUCUGGCUCAAGACGGCGUCGUACGCCUUUACGAACCGAGACCUGCGUCAUGCCUACUUGCAUCCUGUCAAGGGCGAGCUCGCUGCCAUGCCCGAGAUUUACCAGCAGUGUCCGUAUCCUCAGAACAUUUCGAUGCACAACCUGGCGUACUUCUGGUGGGCCCCGACAUUGGUCUACCAGCCCGCGUACCCUAGGACGGACAAGAUCAGAUGGGUCUUUGUCGCGAAGCGCAUGGCAGAGGUAUUUGGUCUGGGUGUCUUUAUCUGGUUCGCCAGCGCCCAGUACGCCGCCCCUGUCCUCAUCAACUCUCUCGAUAAGAUUGCGUCUUUGGACGUCCCUAAGAUUCUCGAGCGGCUGAUGAAGCUCUCGACGAUUUCUCUGGUCAUCUGGCUCGCCGGCUUCUUUGCCCUCUUCCAAUCCUUCCUCAACGCCCUCGCUGAAGUCACCCGGUUUGGAGACCGGUGUUUCUACGAGGAUUGGUGGAACAGCGAGAGCCUUGGUGCAUACUGGCGGUUAUGGAACAAGCCCGUAUACCAGUACUUCAAGCGUCAUGUCUACUCACCCCUGAUCGGCCGAGGAUGGAGCCCAAGAGCCGCGCAACUGGCCGUCUUCUUUGCGUCUGCUGUUCUGCACGAGGUUCUUGUUGGUAUCCCGACACAUAACAUCAUUGGUGUUGCUUUUGCGGGCAUGUUCUUCCAACUCCCCCUUAUUGCCCUCACCACCCCUCUGGAAAAGAUGCAAUCUCCAACGGGUCGCAUGCUCGGCAACUGCAUUUUCUGGGUUUCCUUCACCAUUCUCGGGCAGCCCUUUGCGGCUCUAAUGUACUUUUACGCGUGGCAGGCCAAGUACGGCAGCGUCAGCAGGCAAAUGGCCUGUAAUUCGGUUGCAAGCUCGUAACUAGGGCAAAACAAACCUCAAAUGGGUCACGACGUUGGCCUGGUAAUUUUUUCUAAUGUACACUAUGAUUUCUGGGUUUUAGACAAAACACAAUACUUGGCAUUUGGCUCAACAUGUUGUUCUUCUAGUUGCGUGCCAUGACGAGCCCCGUACUAACUACCCGCAAAAGGGAAUCAUGGUCCCGACACGCUUGCGAUAGUCCUCGUAAUCCUGUCCAAAGAACCUGACCAACAGCUCCUCCUCGUGUCGUAUCCUCUUUGCAAAAAAGUACCACAGCACGACGGCGUACGCCACCAAGGACACGACAUUUCCCAUGACGAGCUGCGUGCCAAUAGCCCACCAGAAGAAGCCAAAGUACGAAGGGUGCCGAAAGUAGGCGUACACGCCGCCCGUGACGAGGGUGUGGGACUCUGCGCGGUAGUGCUGGAUGGUGUGGUUGAAGCUCUGGCCCGCCGUGACCAUGGCCGCGGAGCGGACCGUCUGGCCCAGCCCGACCAGGAGCAGACCUGCCAUCAGGAAGAAGGGUCGGAGGCCGAAGGGCGCCCAGACGCUGUCGGGGAAGACGAGGUUCGUGAGGAGGCACUCGAGGAAGGCUGUGGCGUGGGCGAUUGCGUAGGCGGGCCAGUUUGCUGUCAGGAGGUAGGCGUGGACCGUCGCUUGCGGGGUGUUGUAGGCUGCCGUUGUGUAGAAUUCGAGAAAGUGGAAGAGGGAGAGGGCGGAGAGGAAGAAGGGGAGGCGCCAGAGCGGGGACGAGGUUGUUAGGAGGAGGAGGGAGAGGGAGAGGAGGCCGAGGGUGAAGGUCGUGCCGAGGAGGAAGGCGCGGAGGGCGAUGCCGGCGAGGGAUUUUGGUUGGUUUGGGUAGUAUUCUUUUCCUGGGAUGGGAGGGUCCUGGGGGCGGGCGUCGCUUGGGGGGAUGUUAGUUUGGGAGUCUUUUUGGUUGUGGCGGUGAUGGUUCAGGAGGCUUGAUGGUUGGGAGUAGAGGGGGUUCGUGGGCGUGCGGGAAGACAUCGCGAUGGUGGGGGUUUUGGUGUUGAGGGGCAGAGUUCCGUAGGACUGAACGUCCUUUGGAGGUGUCCGAGGACGUCGAGGUCGCGGCCACACUUGCUCGCCUCACUUCACCUCACAUCAGGGAUACGACAGAACAGGACAGGAGGGUAUGGGACCGGACAUUUGCGGGGAGGAGACGGGGCGAGGGUACGGUAGAUCGGGAUGGUAUUUUUGUGAUUGAUGCCGGGACCGAAGGUGGUGUGGCUGAGUUUGCGGCUGUGGUUGAAGCAAGACUGAGGAGGAAAGACACAGGGAAUGGAUGGUGACAGAUAGCAAGGUAAGGUAGGGAAAGGUAGAGAUAGGUGCUAGGUAAGGUAGAU